AUGGGCAGCUAUAUAGGAGGCGGAGCCAGUUUGUUGAGUCCCAACAACAUCAGCACCAGCGUCAUGUUGCCCGUAUAUUCACUCACCCUUCCGCUCCUUCUCGCUCAACAUGUCUGGGGUGCUGAACCCAAUCAGCCCUCCAACACCGCCCGCACCUGGACCGAGUCCCAUGAUCUCGCCAAAAAAUUUGUCUCCAAGCUAACUCUGGAGCAAAAAGUAAACAUGACUACUGGCGUGGGUUGGGAAGGUGGCCCUUGUGUCGGUAAUAUUGCCGCUCAACCCGAGGUUCACUGGCCUGGUCUCUGUCUCCAAGACAGUCCUCUCGGUAUUCGGUUCGCAGAUCGAGUCACUGCUUUCCCAGCUGGUAUCAAUGCCGGCGCUACUUGGGAUCGUGACAUGAUCCGACGCCGCGGCGAGGCAAUGGCCCGCGAGUUCAAGGGAAAGGGUGUGCACGUUGCGUUGGGGCCGAUGAUGAAUCUUGGGCGUGUGGCUGCGGGUGGACGAAACUGGGAAGGCUUUGGUGCCGAUCCCUACCAUGUCGGUGAAGCCUCCUAUGAGACUAUCAUUGGUAUCCAAAAUGAAGGUGUUCAAGCUUGUGCAAAACAUUACAUUAACAACGAGCAAGAGCAUUACCGUACCACAUCCUCGUCCAACGUUGAUGACCGUACUCAGCACGAGCUGUAUGCUCAUCCGUUCCUGCGAAGCGUGAUGGCUGGGGUUGCAAGCGUGAUGUGUUCAUACAGUGAGUUCCUGCAGCGUCUUUAUUUUCUCCAUGGGGAAAUGGUGUCAUUGGGCGCGUAUUUGUAUAACCACGCCGAAUCCGUGCUUCCGAGCCCCAGUGCAACGAUUGCGGGGUUUGCAUUGGAAGGGCACCUGAACCCCGAGUAUCCGUCUUCACCGUCAGUGUAUCUAAUCAACGGCACUUGGGCAUGUGAGAACGACUAUACCCAAAACGUCAUCUUGAAACACCAAAUGGGUUUCCGAGGCUAUAUCAUGUCCGAUUGGCAAGCGACUCAUUCCACCAUCUCGGCUGCUCGGGGAUUGGAUAUGACCAUGCCCGGAGAUAUUACCUUCCAUUCCAACGACUCGUACUUUGGUGCCAAUUUGACUGCUGCAGUCAAGAAUGGCGAAGUCACCGAGGACCGUGUUACCGACAUGGCCGAACGAAUUGCCGCCGCGUGGUAUCUUGUCGGACAAGACAAGGGUUACCCAGACGUCAACUUCGACUCGUUCAGACCCCAGGACCCGAUCAACAAACACGUCGAUGUGCAAGAAGAUCAUUACGAGCUUGUUCGGGAGAUGGGCGCCGCUUCGACCGUGUUGCUGAAGAACGUGAAUGACACUUUACCUUUGAAGAAGCCCAUUACUAUUGCAUUGAUCGGUUCUGAUGCUGGCCCAGCUCAACGCGGUCCUAACGGAUACGCUGACCGUGGUGGAUUGGACGGAACCCUGGCUAUGGGGUGGGGUUCUGGAACUGCUGAGUUCCCUUAUUUGAUCUCGCCUCUCGAAGCUCUCCAACAACGCGCCAAGCAGGACCACACCACCAUCGGAUGGUGGCUCAACGACUGGGACACUGUCGGUGCUGCGAAUGCUGCUGCUAACAAGGAUGUCGCUCUGGUUUUCGUUGCCAGUGACUCUGGAGAACAGUACAUUACUGUUGAUGGAAACGAGGGUGACAGGAAUAACUUGACUGCUUGGCACAAUGGGGAUGAGCUCGUCAAGGCCGUUGCUGCUGCCAACAAGAACACUGUCGUUGUCGUUCAUUCCGUCGGUCCGAUAAUUGUUGAACCUUGGGUUGACCACCCCAACGUUACUGCUAUCCUCUGGGCUGGUCUUCCUGGACAAGAGUCAGGGAACUCGCUUGUCGAUAUUGUUUACGGCGAUGUCAACCCCUCUGCCAAGUUGCCCUACACCAUUGCUAAGAAGCCCGAGGACUACUCUGCCCAGGUGGUCUACAAUGACCCUAGCGAGCAACCUCAGAUCCCAUAUACCGAGGGUCUAUUGAUUGACUACCGCUGGUUCGACGCUAAAAACAUUGAGCCUCGCUACGAGUUUGGAUUUGGUCUUUCUUACACAACCUUUGAGUACUCCAACUUGAAGGUCGCUCGUGCUGAAGAUGCUCUCUCGAAGGAGCUUAUCUGGUGGGAUGGUGGCGUCAGCGGCAACAAGACUGGAGCCAGCAUCGAGACUUGGCUCCACGACGCGCUGUUCAAGGUCUCGUUCACGGUAAAGAACACUGGCAAGGUUGCUGGAAGCGAAGUUGCGCAGAUGUACAUCAACCCUCCUGCCGGAGCCAACGAGCCCCCUAGCGUCCUCCGUGGAUUCGACAAGAUCAAGCUCGCACCUGGCGAGUCCAAGACCGUCGAGUUGGUGUUGUCGAGGUACGACCUGAGUAUCUGGGACGUGGAGAGGCAAGGGUGGGCAAGGAUGGACGGAACUGUUGGAGUUUGGGUGGGCUCCAGCAGCCGGGACCAGAGGUUGAACGGAACAAUAUUUUAG